CCAGACCAAGAGGGCCGACACAGCCUUGCUCUCUCUUAUCCCCUUCGGUUGCAAGCACGAGCACCUCCCUGCGCACUGCCCCUCUCGCCGAGGGGCAUGGAGCUAGCCAUCGCGCUCCGGCUCGUCGCGCCGCCGCCGCCCUGUAUCUCCCGUCGAGAUCUUCCUCCGCCGAAGGUUUUUCUUUCCCCAUGUGUGCUGCGAGGAAGCGGCGUCCGCGCCUCGAGGCUGGAGCAUGGGGUUGGUGUUGUGUCCGUUGGGAGUAUGACCUACUCAGGAGUGGAAGAGCAGGAGGAGAUGGUGGAAGAGGAGCUGGAGGAGGAGGAGUCUGAAGCGAAGGUGAGCACUAGGCCGCGCCUGGAGCUCAUCGAGAAGCCGGACCGGAGCCUGGCGCUGCUCGAUGAGUACGAGUCGGAGGAGCUAGGCACCUCUCAUUGCGCCAAUCACCGCAGCGGCUAUGUUGCUGUAUUGGGGAAGCCAAAUGUUGGCAAGAGCACCCUUAUAAACCAAAUGGUUGGUCAGAAACUUUCAAUAGUAACAGAUAAACCACAAACUACACGACAUCGCAUUCUCGGUAUAUGUUCUGAACCAGAAUACCAGAUAAUUCUUUAUGACACUCCUGGUGUCAUUAAAAAGGAGGUGCAUAAGCUGGACACGAUGAUGAUGAAGAAUGUCAGGAGUGCUAUUGGCAGUGCAGAUUGUGUCCUUGUUGUUGUUGAUGCUUGCAAAGUGCCUGAGAAGAUUGAUGACAUGCUGGAAGAAGGUGUGGGAAAUAAAGAAACUGAGGUUCCUGUUCUGCUAGUACUGAACAAGAAAGAUCUCAUAAAACCUGGAGAAAUCGCAAAGAAACUUGAGUGGUAUCAAAAAUUUACUAAUGUUGACGAUGUUAUACCUAUAAGUGCCAAGUUUGGUCAUGGAGUGGAUGAUAUCAAGGAGUGGAUAUUGUCAAAGCUCCCUCUGGGUCCUUCUUACUACCCCAAGGACAUUGCUAGUGAGCAUCCCGAGAGAUUUUUUGUUGGUGAAAUAGUGAGGGAAAAGAUUUUUGUUCAAUAUAGGCAGGAAAUUCCGUAUGCAUGCCAGGUUAAUGUUGUAAGUUACAAAAGCAGGCCAACGGCCAAGGAUUUCAUUCAAGUUGAGAUACUUGUUGAGAAGGAAUCCCAAAGAAGCAUUAUACUUGGGAAGGAUGGCAAAGCCAUAAAGAUGUUGGCAACCGCAUCGAGGCUUGAUAUUGAGGAUUUCCUACAGAAGAAGGUUUAUCUUGAGAUAGAGGUCAAAGUGAAGGAAAACUGGCGGCAAGAUGAACGCCUUUUGAAGCGCUAUGGCUAUGGCGGGGAGAUUCAAGCACUAUGACUACAAAAGCGCUAUCAGCUGUGAAGAGUAGGGAAUGACUUGCUUUUCCUUUUUUUUCCCCCUUCCUUUCUUGUUGGUGCUGUGAGUGAAGAGCUAACUGAAGAUCAGAGUAGUUCAGUUAUUAGUGAGGCCCUCUCAGCAGAUUUUGCGUCCUUGAUGUACUAUGGAAUUGAUUCUUCUACACAGAAAGAAGCAUAGUUCUGUUCUCUCA